UCAGUUCACUAUGAAGGCACACUUGCUGAUACCAGUGAAGUUUUUGACACAACACAUGAAGAUAACACUAUAUUUUCUUUUGAGAUUGGGAAGGGCAGUGUUAUCAAGGCUUGGGAGAUUGCAUUCAAAACCAUGAAGGUCGGAGAAGUUGCAAAAAUAACUUGCAAGCCAGAAUAUGCAUAUGGCAGUGCGGGAUCUCCUCCAGAUAUUCCUCUAGAGUACUAUUCUCAUGCCACAACAAUAAAGAAAACUUAUCUAUCCAAUUGGACUAAUCUAUCCAAUUCUAGAUCAUAUAGGUAACACAUGAUAAAAAAAUGU